AUGGCACAGGUUGCUUCCAGCCCGAAGCUACCCUUUGCGCCUUCGCAUCACGACUCGCCGCAUCGUCACAACGCUCUCGCCGAUCAAGUGGUUCGCUUGCCAGCCACCAUGCAAGCCGCCACGGUCCCGAGAGGCCCGUCAGAUGGUGCCAAUAGUCCUUACAAUGCUUCCAUGGCCACAGCAACAUCCGCUUCUGCUUCCGCCUCCUUUUCCAACACGUCAGCCUCAACCUCAUUACGACCACCAGACGACCAGAUGCCCACCACAGCUGCCUCGCUCAUGCGCGAAGGUCCGCGAGACUUCACCGUCAUCAAGGACGUCGGUGAUGGCUCCUUCGGUACCGUAUGCCUCGCCGACUGGAAGAGCCCGCUUCCGAGCGGCACCAUGCUGUCCCCCAUGCAGCACCCCACCACGCGUCCAGAAUACAUCGGCAAACGUCUUGUCGCUAUCAAAAAGAUGAAGAAGCCAUUUCCAAAUUGGCAAGAAUGCAUGAAGCUCAAGGAGCUCAAAUCGCUCCUCACUAUCCCUCCACAUCCCAACCUCAUCCCGCUGUACGACGCCUUCCUCAUGCCCACCACAAAGGAGCUCCACUUUGUCUUUGAGUGCAUGGAAGGUAACCUCUACCAGCUCACAAAGUCGCGCAAAGGACGUCCGCUCGCCGCUGGCUUGGUGGCCUCCAUCUACGAACAGAUCGUGCUCGGCCUCGACCACAUCCACCAGCACGGCUACUUUCACCGCGACAUGAAGCCGGAGAACCUCCUCAUCACCACCACCGGCCUCGCAGACUACCCCAGCUUCAACGCAGCCUCGUCGCCGGAGAGGGAUGUGCUCGUCAUCGUCAAGCUCGCCGACUUUGGUCUUGCCCGUGAGACGCUCAGCAAACCGCCAUACACCGAAUACGUGUCCACGCGCUGGUAUCGAGCGCCCGAGGUGCUACUCCGCUCGCGCGAUUACAGCAACCCCGUCGACAUGUGGGCGCUCGGCACCAUCCUCGCCGAGCUUGUCAACCUCAAGCCCCUCUUCCCCGGUCACAGCGAAGUCGACCAGGUGCUUCAGAUCUGCGAUGUUCUCGGCGAUCCGAGCCAUAGCUACGGCCACGACUCGCGCUCAAGACGCAACGGCGGCGGUCCUUGGGACCGGGGCAUUCGCAUGGCUCGCGCUGUGGGCUUCACUUUCCCCAUCCGCAAACCCGUCAAGUUCUCUCGACUCUUUGCGGAGCGUGUCCCGCAGAAUUUGAUCGACUGUAUCGAGGACCUCCUGCGCUACGAUCCCAAAGCCCGACUUACCAGCAAGGAUUGCAUCGAGCACGCCUACAUGCGCGAAGACGCUCCGCGAUUGCGACCCCCGCAAGCUAAACCUCUCGUCAGCGCCACGGCUCCCUUGCGUCAGCAACAGCCGGCAGCGCGUCCCGUCCCGCCAUCACACUCCACUCCGCUCUCUUCGCACGCAAACAGGCCGCCCUUUGGAGCAGCCGAGACCAAUCUCAAGCCACUGGCCAUGCUCCGCCAAGCAGAUGGCUCUUCGCUCGUCGUGGCCAACGGCAGCCGUCCAUCGGGCAUUGCUGCCGGCAGCCCAAGCCCAAACCCGGCUGCUGCUGCCGCGAACGCGACCUCUUCGCCUGCAUCACCCAUGCACGAGGACGCCGCUGAGGUGCACUGGGCUCCGCCCGUCGCCUCGACCAGCAGAGACGCCUCGCUGUCCGGCUAUCCUGCUUUUCCAGAUUCGGCCUCCAUGUACGCGCCGAGCAGCUCGGCUCACCACGACGGCCCUUCAUCCAAUGCGCCUUCCUCGGAUGCCACUGUCGUCCUUGGCAACGCAUCCAUGGCGAUGUCGGAUGGCCAGGUGACCGAAUCGACGCUCAAGCAUGCGGAUCCUCGUCACGCUCAGGCGCUGCAGGCCCAUCAGUACGAGCAGUAUCACCGCCAGUACCGCCACGACGCCAACCAGACACAAGGCCAUGGCUACGAUGAGCACGGCGCCGCAGUCUACGACCGAGACGCUGCGCUCCGCAGCGGCGCCUUUGUGCCAUUUGCCGCACCUUAUGGCAAUUCGGCCAUGCAGGGCCAAUUACCAGCCGCAGCAUCGUCUGGUGAGCUCUCGCAGAAGAACGACUCGAAUGCCAGCAACGAGACCAUUGGCUCCCGCGACAAGGAAAGGCGGAGGAGCAAAGCGUGGGGUCUCAAUAUCUCGUCGGUGUUUGGCAGCAGCGGGAGCAGUGGCACCCUUGCCGGAAGCGGCAGUGGUGGAGCACACCCAAGUGCCAACCAUCAGUACACCGCUGGAAACGCUGCGGCCGUCCGCGGGGCUCCCAACGGCAUGGCCAGCGCCAGCAGCAUGGCCGCCAAUAGUUCGACGCCAGAGCUGAGAUCAUCGAUGGAGCCAACGCCGGCACAGCGCCUCGCCGCUGAGCACACGAAUGCCGCAUCGGCAGCCUCGCCCAAUGGUGCACCCGUCAAGCCAAUCGAUUCCAAGAAGGCCAAAAAGGAAGCCGAAAAGGCGGCACGAGAGGCUGAAAAGGCCAGACGAGAGGCACAGCAGAAAGCGGCCCGGGACCGAGCGCGUGCGGUUAUGCAGAAGCGCAACCAGCUCUUGGCCUCUUCCAACAGCAAGGACCCCGUCGAGUGGCUUUCAGGCUCCACCAUGCAAACCGAAGAUCAAUACCGUCAGGGUCCGAGCGAAAAGGCACGCGGCAAGCAACCCGCUGUCCCCGGCUCGCAACUGUCACCGUCCAUGCCGAGCUUUGCCUCGGGCGAGUUUCCUCGCUCGCCCCUCCAGCCACCUAUCCACGGCCUCAGCCCCGAUUAUGGCAUGAACGCCAACCCAGCGGUGGCUGGCAGCAUGGCUUGGCGCGGGGUAGGCGCUGGCAGAUACAGUCGCUCCAACAAGGCACGCAGGCGUGAGCACGACGAUGAUCACUCCAUGUCAAGCUUCGAGGAUGCCGUCGACCCGCGCAGGGCGUCGAUGCAGUCGUACCAGACCGGCGACAGCGAUCCGGGGCCAGGUACGGGCCAGCAGGCGCCACAAGCACACCACGUUCAGCGUGCCAGUUCGUCUUCUUCGCUUGCCUCGGCACCCUCUCUGAUCGAUCAACGCCGGUUUGCGCCUUCGCUAGAGUCGCAUCGGAGCUCGGCAGAGACACGCUCCAUCAGCUCGCUUGACCACCAGCUCAUCACCAACAUGGAAAAAAUGACAGCCGCAGAGGCUCGCACACGUACGCCAGGCAAUGUAUCGCCUGGGCCGGCGCAUCUGGUCGGAGCACGCCAGUCGCUCAGCCGCCAGAGCCGAACCAACAGCCGGGCUUCGUCGACUUCUGCACACAGGCAGGGCUCAGCCUCGCCGCUGCACCACGCCAGCGGCAUUCCGCGCUUCCAUCCGUAUUCGCAUGGCGGACCCGUAACGCCUUCGACGGGCUAUCACCCGAACUAUCAGCUGCCGCCGUUGCACCAGAGCUUGCACCAGGGCGGCGGCGCACAGCGAAGCGACACGGGCGGCGACGGCUCCGUGCCCCCUGCCUUCUACAGCAAUGCGGGUCACCCGCAGCAACAUGUGCACCAGCAUCACAUCAAUCCGAUCUUCCAUGUACCGGCCGGAAAUGGCGGCCACGGCACCACGCUGCCUCCGUUUUCGUCGAUCGCAGCGUCAAUAAACGUUCCGGCCACGGACGACAAGACGAUGCAGAUGCUCUAUGCGCAGACGCGACCCACGGGCCCGUUGCCCCAAAGCUGA